GAAAAAAUCCAUCGAUGCAGUUUGCAGGGUGUGUCAAUUCAAGGACUGGACCUCGAUCUGUCGAAAAGAGAAGUACUGUACUCCAACUGCACGAGUUAGUUUCAAUUUAAACCGUAUUUGUGUUCUGGCUUGUUCAGCAAGAGCAGAGGAAGUUACGAUUCUGGGUUUGUGCCACACCCGGCAUCCAGUCUACCGACCACACGACGGUUUUCACGGCUCGCGAUGACCGUCUGGCUCCACUGCAUCGCCGUGCUGGCGUGCCUUGCUUUUGUGACGGAAUGUGCAUUACAAGAGUGAAGCUGACUCAUUUCAAGAGUGUCCGAAAGCAACUCACAGAAUCGGGUAAACUUCCCAAGUACUACCGCCAUCAGCAAACAAAGUACAACAAGUUUUUGAAGAGCAGAGGCCCUGUUCCAGAGCCUUUGCAUAACUACUACGAUGCCGAGUAUUAUGGACCCAUCAACAUUGGGACACCACCCCAGCAGUUUCUUGUCAUCUUUGACACCGGUUCUUCUAAUCUCUGGAUCCCUUCAUCCGAAUGCCCACUAAGUGACCAAGCCUGUCAGAAACACAACCGUUAUGACCAUUCCAAAUCCAGCACCUACUACCCUAAUGGCACCGACCUGGAGAUUCGCUACGGCACUGGCAGUAUGAAAGGGUUCCUCAGUAAAGAUAUUGUGGAUGUGCAAACUGUCAAAGUUGUCAACCAGACUUUUGGUGAGGCAACCUCGGAACCAGGGGAAGUUUUCCUAGACGUGGACUUUGACGGCAUUCUGGGAAUGGGGUACCCCAGCAUAGCUGCAGACGGAGUCCUGCCUGUGUUUAACUCUAUGAUUCAGCAGGGCUUGGUCGACAAGCCAGUGUUUUCAUUUUACCUGGACAGAAACACCAAUGACAGCCAAGGCGGGGAGUUGAUUCUAGGUGGAUCCGAUCCCCGUUACUACAGUGGAAGCUUCACAUACGCUAGCGUUACCAAGCCAGGGUAUUGGCAGUUUGCUGUGGACGGGGUUUCAGUUGCUGGUCAGUCUGUGUGUAAAGCUGGUUGUGAGGCCAUCGCCGAUACAGGAACGUCACUGAUAACAUGCCCGACGGAUGACUGUACUGCACUCAACCAACGCCUCGGAGCUCAACUGGACCCAGACGUUGGCGCAUAUCUGUUUGACUGUGACACAGUCUCCCAGCUGCCAGAUGUUCUGUUUGUCAUUUCCCAGAGCAAGCUGCCCCUCUCCUGGAAGGAAUACGUCGUGAAGCAAAAUGUGUCAGGGACUACCUACUGUCUGAGUGCCUUUACGCCGAUGGACGUGCCUCCUCCCUUUGGCCCCCUGUGGAUUCUUGGGGACGUCUUUCUGGGACGUUACUAUGCCGAGUUUGACUUUGGGAACAACCGUGUCGGCUUCGCAGAAGCAGUGUAAAUAGAAUACAACUGUUAGAGUCUCAAAAUUUUCAAAAUCAUGUUUGCAAAUUCAUGUUUAACCAUUGAAAUUCACCCCAAGGUUUCCAUAACCAUAAAACAAGUUCUUGAAAUAACAGCAUAACAAAAAAUAGUGAUCACAAAUUGCCAUUAACAGCAAAAUGAUAAACCUAAAUAACACAAAAUUACAAACCUGUGAUCAUGUACGAGUGCUGGACAUAAAGUCUAAAAUGGUUGUACACUCGAUGGAUAAUGCAGCAAAUAUAAAACUCGGCUGCAGAAAUGAUAAACGUUAAAAUACUCUCAAUCAUGAUGUAGAAAUCCUGAAAGCAAACAUUAAGUUCAUUUGUUUUAAAUGGCCUAGAGUCCCAAGUCAGUUUUAUUUUAGAAACAAGUUACAUAAAUUUAGUAGUUUUAUUUUAGAAACAAGUUACAUAAAUUUGCUGUGACUUAUAAAAGCAAUAAUAAUAAUUACCGGGAAUGGGUCAUUUGGGAGACAUUCCCAUAGACUUGUGCACACAAUUUUUCAAACUGAAAUGUGCCCUAACCCAAUAUUCCCUUGUCCUUUUUCCACGAAUUUCGGUAUUUUUACUAAUUAGACCACGAGCAACAAAUAUAACCUGAUUGCGACAUAACAUUUUGUCUCUAAAGGGGGGCUGUGGAAUUAGGGAGACAUGGAAAUGUCUCCCUAAUGACCAGUGUCUCCCUAUUGUCGAAGAAAUUACAAUAGCAUGUCUCCCUUAUGGUACAUUUGUAGGAAUAUAUCCCCCCUUUACAGUACUAAUUACUAUGUUCCCCCCCCCCCCCCCUCCAUCUAAAAUCUUGAGUUGAACACAAAUGAUAAUUGAUUAUAGUCCAACUUCAGUGCCCCCUUGAAAAAGUUGUGUUCCCUAGAGGUUUCACCCAAAUUCUUUCAUAAACCCAUUUUGGGAUGUGAGGGCACGACACACACGUUUCUUCUAAGGAGCACCAGAAAAUGUUUGCUUCAUUGAUUAAAAAGAACCAAGCUAAUAAAAAAACACAAACCAAUUCCUAAUGAGUUAUAUCCCCUAUACAAUGUCUUUCUUUGUGUAGUACUUAGACCAAUAUUUCAUUAGAGAUCUGGUCCAAACUUGGCUUAAAAGACCUAAAUCAAAUAUUCCAAAUUGUAUUUGUCCGUUAAGUAAAAAAAAACCCAGGUUUACGUUAAAGGUAUCAUCUGCAAAGAAUAUGCAAGUAAUAUUAUGCAGGGUCCUUUUUUUUCAAUGCAUAACUAAUGCAACAGUGAAGUACGUAGUUUUCCUUAGGAGUAGCAUAAACAGUAAACUCUGAAACUUUUGCAAUAAUUGUUAUUAGAAAGCAAUGUUUUUCAGUACAUUUUGUUUAGUUUAAAAAGAUGAGAGUACAUUUAGAUGUUUAAAAUGAGUUUAUUAGUGAUUUUUUCUAAGGCCAUGAAAUGACCUCUAAAUUAUCAGUAAAAUGUACUGUAUUCGUGAAUGAUUUGCACAAUUAAAAACAUUAAUUUCUAUGAAA